AGUUUUGGAUAAACUUAUUAUAAUGGCAUUAUGUACUGUUAAUGUUUACAGGUACAAGCUUCCUUCUUGGGCUCAGUUUGAGAUUGGAAGAGCUCCUGUGUAUUGGAAAACAAUGAAUGGCCUCCCUCCUACCUCAGGAGAAAAGCUAAAGCUUUUGUAUAAUCCAGCAGCAGCUCAACUAGUCCCUAGUGAAGAAUUUGGAAUUGCUUUUAAUGGAGGUUUUAAUCAGCCAAUUAUGUGCGGUGGUGAGCCAAGGGCUAUGCUUAGAAAAAAUAGAGGCAAAGCUGAUGCUCCAAUAUAUACCAUUCAGAUAUGCAUUCCAAAGCAUGCUCUGAACUUGAUCUUCUCAUUUACUAAUGGAGUAGACUGGGAUGGUCCAUACAGACUGCAAUUUGAAGUUCCCAAGGCUUUAAAGAACAAGCCAAUUGAGUUUUUUAAUAGGGGUUUGGCAGAUGAACUGAGUCAAGAAGGAGCAUGUGAGCAGGCAAUAUUUCCAGACACAAACAUAGUUAUAGCAAGAUGUGCUAUGAUUGGUAAUUUGUCAAAAGAAGGGGGUGAUCGCUGCGAUCUGAAUCUUGUUUUAGGAUGCACAGAUCCUGGUUCUCACCUGUACAACCCACUAGCUAAUGUAGAUGAUGGAACAUGUCCAAUUGAUUUGGAUUCUGAGUCUGAGGAUUAGCAUUAUACUUUUCAUGAAUAUUCAUUUGGAUCAUACUUUGUGUUGGUUUUAAGUACAUAGAUAGUGUAUAUUGUAUAUAAAUUCACUCUUGAAAUUGAACAUUGUCAUGUCUGGUUUAGCUGUGGUCUUGAAAAAACUAUGGUUUUGCUA